UGAGAAUUUCUGAUCCAAAAAAUAGUUCGAAGAGUUUAUUUUAGAGAUGACCAAGUAGUAAUAUAAUACACAUCUGGUAGUCAUCUACUGCCCCCCCCCCCGAACUCGGUCGUCCGCUAUCUGUGGCCGCAGAGCUGUGACAAUGAGGAAAUAGAGCCUUGAUGCUGGCAAAUUCAGACUCAGUUUUCUAGUUGGACUGGGUUUUGCGACCCAACCCUUUGGCUAUUCAUCCAGUGCUGGGCCAUUUUCAUUGCUACCAUGUCAAAUUCCAAAACGGCUGUGCCCUUACUUACACCGCCAGAGCACUUUGGGAUUGUCGAGAAAGGACUUUAUCGAUCAGAGAUGUUUCAACAAUCUCAUUUUACUUUCAUUAAGCAGUUGAAUCUCAAGACCGUUGUGGUUCUCAGUCCCGAACAGCCGAACCGACACACCCUAACGUUUCUGGAGGAGUGCGGAACGAAACUGGUGCAUCUCGGCUUAGCGACAUGGAAACCAACACAACCGUCGACAUGGCGACCUGUAUCUGAAGAGCUCAUUAAAGAGGGUCUGGAAUUGAUACUAGAUGCUGAAGCCCAACCAUUGCUAGUCAUGUGCACAUCUGGAAUACACGAGACAGGUAUUAUGAUUGGAUGUUUCCGGAAACUGCAGAAUUGGAAUUUCAGUUCUAUUGUCAAUGAGUACCGAUCAUUUGCUGGUACUAAAUCUCGCCAUGUGAAUGAACAGUUUAUUGAAUUAUUCGACUUGGAUCUUGUCACACUACCACAUAAUCUCCCUACCUGGCUUCUUGAGCAACAGAGAAUGCUUGCUGAGGAACAAGCAGAGUACGAUCAGAACAGGAUAGCGGCAUUUGAUCGGUAGACUAUUUUGAAUUGAUCAUAUCAUAGAGUUUUAUAUCAGAUGAUAUAUUGUCAUCAUCACCAUGUAUUCAUGCGGUUACCAGUGAUCUACUGGCUAUUACCUCGUAGCAUUAGUUUGCCAACAAGUUCUUUCUGGAUAUCAGCUUGCUC